GGGCUUCCUUUUCCUUCCAGUCCCCGUUCUCUCUUUCUCUCUCUCUCUCCUCUCUACGAUUCCCAAUUCGAAGGCUUUACUAUCCCUGCACCGAUAAGCGGCGGCGGCGGCGAGGCUACGGGCCCUUCUGCAGAGGAGGCGAUGGCGGCUACGGGAAAGUUCAACCGGAGCAACCCCGCGGUGAAGCGGAUCUUGCAGGAGGUGAAGGAGAUGCAGUCCAAUCCCUCCCCUGACUUCAUGGCCCUGCCCCUUGAGGAGGACAUCUUCGAGUGGCAAUUUGCGAUCCUGGGGCCACGGGACAGUGAGUUUGAGGGAGGAGUCUACCACGGGAGGAUCCAGUUACCCUCGGACUACCCAUUCAAGCCACCAUCCUUCAUGCUGCUCACGCCAAGUGGAAGAUUUGAGAUUCAGAAGAAGAUAUGUUUGAGCAUAUCCAAUUACCACCCUGAGCACUGGCAGCCAUCAUGGAGUGUGCGCACAGCGCUUGUAGCAUUGAUUGCUUUCAUGCCAACAAAUCCUGGUGGGGCAUUGGGUUCACUGGACUACAAAAAGGAAGACAGACGAGCAUUGGCUCUCAAAUCACGUGAAACACCACCAAAAUUCGGCUCCCCCGAACGCCAAAGAGUAAUUGAUGAGAUCCAUGAGCAAAUGCUCAGUAAAGCUCCACCAGUUCCUCAACUACUGACGAAUGGCCCUGAUGAGGAGGCUAACAAGUUAACCCCACACGAUGCUUCUGUUGAGCAUGCUGUCAAAGCAGCUGAAGGUGUCAAAACUUCUGACACCAGCUCUGGCUCUGCGAUUGCUGACCUCCCAAAGCCUGCUUUGGAGGCCGAAGUUGCUGAAAACAUUGUCGAAACUCAAGCUAGGUCAGAUGCGGUCACCAACCAUUCUACGGCUGAUCAAAGUCCCAGGGAAAGCAUUCAAAGAGUUGCCACAACACCGCAGAUUCCUGCCAUUGCAAUCCAGAAGCCAAAGCAUGACAGAUUGCUGACAUUGGCUGCAUUUGGUCUGACUCUUGCUAUUAUGGCCCUUGUGAUCAAGAAGUUCUUCAAAAUCAAUGGACUGGCUGGUUACAUCGAGGGCAAGUUUUAGGUAGGUUUGUGCAUAAGUUGGAUACAAGAGCCACCCCCAUUCUGCGUCUGAGCGGCUAUGUUAUGCCUACUAUAAUUUAUAAACCCGUAAGAAUUGUAAAUGUUGUUGUCUAGCUAUAGAUGAAGUGAAAAAGUGAGGAGAUGGUACUAUCCGUACCCUACUGUAUGUAGUACACCUGAUGGAAAUUGUUGCAUGAUCUUGCAUCCUAUGUGCGCGCCUGUUGUGCUA